AUGGUCGCAAUACAAAUCAUCCCUCUCUUGCUGCUGGCCUGGGCCGCCGGACGGGUGAUCUACAACCUCUUCUUCCACCCACUACGCGGCUACCCCGGACCCUUACUAUGCCGCGCAACGCCGCUGCCUCGCAUGCGGGCGCGCUUGGCAGGACGAAGCCCUAUUCAAUCCCUCGAGCUGCACAAGCGCUACGGCAAAGUCGUGCGCGUGAGUCCGAAUGAGCUAAGCUACUCGGACGGAGAUGCCUGGAAAGACAUCUACGGCUACGGCAACAAAGGCUCGUUGAUGCGGGACUUCCGCACGACGCCGCGGGGCCGCGACAUCGAGCCGUCGCUGAUCAGCACCGAGGACAACGACGAGCACCGCCACCUGCGCAGCAUCCUCAGCCCGGCCUUCUCGCAGCGCGCGCUGAAGGAGCAGGAGCCGCUGCUGCUCAAGUACAUCGGCCUGAUGGCCGACAAGAUCCGCGAGCGCGCCGCGGCCGCCAACAACGCGGACGGCGGUGCCGUCGACAUCACGCAGUUCUUCAACUUCGCCACCUUCGACAUCAUGUCCGACCUGGCCUUCGGCAACCCGAUGGGGCUGCUGGAGAAGUCCGAGUACACGGACUGGGUGCGCAACACGUUCGCGGGCAUCAAGCUCUUCUCCUUCCGCGCCUCCGUCUCGUACUACGUGCCCGUCGUCGACGUCCUCAUGCCGCUGCUGCUCCCGCGCUCGCUGCAGGCCAAGCGCAAGGCGCACAUGAAGUACGCCGCCGACCAGGUGCACGCGCGCCUCGCCCGCGGCGGCGCCAUCGAGGGCCGCCCGGACAUCUGGACCCAGGUGCUGCGCGCCUACGAGGGCCAGCACGAGCGCGUCAAGCUCACCAUGGGCCAGAUGGAGAGCAACGCCUCGCUCUUCAUGGUCGCCGGCACCGAGACCACGGCCACCCUCCUCUCCGGCGCCGUCUACCUGCUCGCCACCCACCCGCCCGCUUACGCGCGCCUGGCGAAGGAGAUACGCACGACUUUCCGCAGUAAAGAGGAGAUGACGCUCGAGGCGCUGCAGUCCCGCUUGCCCUUCCUCGUCGCCGUCGUCGACGAGGCUCUCCGCGUCUACCCGCCCGUGCCCGACGGCCAGAUCCGCCGCGUGCCCAAGCAGGGCGCGGAGAUCGCGGGCCGCUAUGUCCCGCCCGACGCGACGGUUUUCGUCACGCAGUGGGCGGCGUUUCAUUCGAAGGAGAACUUCGAGGCGCCGGAUGACUUCUGCCCCGAGCGGUGGCUGCCUGAGCGCGAGGGCGGCGAGAAGAGGUUCGCCAGGGACGACAAGAAGGUUUUCCAGCCGUUCAGCGUGGGGCCGAGGAAUUGCUUGGGGAUGAACUUGGCGUAUCAUGAAAUUCGCCUCAUGCUGUCGUACCUCAUUUGGCACUUCGACUUUGAGCUCUGCAAGGAGAGCGAGCGCUGGAUAGAGCAGAAGGCGUAUACGCUGUGGGCGAAGCCGCCGUUGAUGAUCAAGGUCACCCCGCUGCCUGGACGCUGGAAGGACUAG